AUGUCAGAAACAUCCCAGGAGAAGCAUGUCUCAAAGAAAUCCAAGAGAUUAUACCGACAAGUGCUGCCCACAUCCUUAGAAAAACCCUCUCAAUUUAAAUCUAUGUGUUGUAUUACAUUAAGAUAUUUUGCUACUGCCCCUGCUGCCACUUUCUCUCCCGAAGCUUUCAGUCAUACUGCUACAUCUCUUAUCCUUCACUCACCCUAUCUGAAAACAUUCCGUCAAAAGUUAGCAGAGCUCCUACAAAGCAAUAAGGUGCAGUACACAAUUAUAUUUUUUGUGAUCAUUGAUGGUCUUAUAGUCAUUCUUGAACUGCUAAUUGACUUGGACAUCAUUAAACUUUCAGAUAAGCCACAUGGUCAUGUAGAAUCCCAUGAAGUGGAAUCACAUGGGAGUCCCCAUGACUCUCAAGACUCAACUACUCUCCUCUCUAUAUUAUCCAACGAAGAUGAUUUCAAUGAAGACCACCAAGUGGUGUAUCACAGAGGACAUCAUAAUCCAGCUCUGGUGAAAACACAUGGCCGACAUCAUAACUAUCACGAUGAACAUUCUAUGGUCACUCAAGCUAUUACAACUUUGAGUCAUAUCUUGCUAAAUAGUACGAGUGACUAUGAAGGGGAUGACAACAACAGCAUCUCUCAUGGAGAGGAUCAUGGUCAUGGAGGAGGGCACCAUGGCCAUUCCGACAAAGAAAUUGCAGAACAUACCCUCCAUUAUGCUAGCCUUGCUAUCCUGUGUAUCUUUCUUGUUGAGGUCAUAUGUAAAGUUAUAGCUGAAGGAACUCACCUAUUGAAGCAUAAAGCUGAAGUACUUGAUGCCAUCGUUGUUGUUGUGUCUUUUACACUGGAUAUUGUCUUCUCCUUUGUUGAUGUUGCCCAAGCAGCCAAAGACGCCGCUGGUUUGAUGGUUAUGUUAAGAUUAUGGCGCAUCACUCGAAUUAUCAAUGGUGUGAUCAUUUCAGUACAAAUGGAAGCAGAAAAGAAAAUUAAUAAAGUAGAAAAAUUAUUACAUGCUGCCGAGAACGAGAAUGAGUAUUUACGAGAAGAAAUUGCCAAAUUAAAGGAAGAAUUAGAAUCGGUUCGGAAAAAGCAGAAAAAGGACGAUGGCAAAUCACUUGAAAGUGUAUCCCAAAAGACGGAUGAUGAUUUAAUGGAUAUUCUUAUGGGCUGGGACAGCCCACACUUCUUAAACAGCAAUUCUGGAAAAACAGUUCUUACUCCUUCAACAGCUACAACAACAACAUUGUCAUCACCAACAACACAAACCUCUUUGAAAGAACAUAAAAGUACAGCCUCAAAUACACAGAACAGCAGUAAAUCAAUGUUUGUGGUCUUUGACGAUCUAAAUAAGUCUGAAACUGAUUCUAACACUGGCACUUCAAGAACCAAUGAGUGUUUGGGUCCCAAACCACCAGUGUUUGUUGUACCCACCCAAAUAAUUGAAGAUGGUAGCCCAAAACACUCAUGUAGUAACAGUAGUUCCCAGCCUGGGGAUCAUUCUCAACAAAAGCUUAAUUUUAAACCAUCUCUCCACGCACCAAUUCCAAAUACUACUGAAGAUGUGACUGCAGAUCCAUUUAAUUCUUUACCUGAAUCCACUAGAAGGAAACAAACGCCACUUUCCCCAGUUCAAAAUAUUUCUCCUUUGGAUAUCUCCGGAAGUAAACCCCCUUCAGAUGUUCCUAAGCAGCAGACUUUAGGAAAACCAUCUUCAAAAACAUCUUCUGUUGAUCCAUCUUCCAUUGACCAACAUAGGAAGCAAAGUACAUCAUCUACAAUGGCAACUGAACUAGAAUGCAAAGAUGGGAACUUAGACAAAGCAGAAAAUCUGCAAAAUGAAAUUCCUCCAGCAAUUAAAACCAGUCGAAGAAGUCCAACUGACAAAGAUGAAAUAACUGAACCAAAAUCACCCUAUCAAAUAAACUCUGCUUAUGUGGAAUCUCAAAAUAGACCAGCUGCAAUUAUUUUACCACCUAUUAAUGUAAAUUCCAGCAAAAAAAGUGGCCAAACAACCAACUACAUUGCCUUGAAAUCUCCUCGACAAAGAAGCCCUGUGGGUUCAGAAAAUAUAUUUUCUGGUGUUGAUAAUAAUGAACGCAGAAAAAGUUUCAUAGAAGAUAAAAUGUUUGAUUCGCCAACUCAGAAAGACCCUGGAGCUCCGAGAUAAUGUAUUACAUCAGAAAAUAUCAUUGAAAUAUUCAGAUAUCAUCUUUACUAAAAAUAACUUUUUUUAAGAAUUUUUAGUUUAGGAAAAUAACACAUCAGAUAAUUAAUAAGUGACAAUUUUGUAAAUAAGAUAUAUUUUUCUCUUAAGAAAUGAUGUACCUUUAUUGUUCUUCCAGAUAUGUUAAUUCAAAAAGGUACUUGAAAAAGGGUUUAAUCUUUACUAUGCCACCUACAGUACACAUGGUACGAUCAAAGUAUUUCUGUUUUUAUAAAUAUCAAUAUUGCAUCUAGAGAUAAAUAGGUGCUUUGUCAGUAAAAAAUGUACAAGAAUAUAAAGAAUACUUAAAUGAAUUUCAUACUGCAAGCAGUGGUUAUUUUGUGUCUCAUAAAAUGAAGUAGUAGAAAUGUCAGAUAAAAUUUUUUAUAGGAUAUAGUUAUAUCUCUGUUUCUGAGAUCAAAUUCCAACAGGAUUAACACACCACCACUGUUAAUUAAAUAAGUGCUAGUGUAGUCAUAACACUAGGUUAAUUAAAAAUCAACAAUACCCCACUAGUUUCCAAAACUACUUGUGACCUUGUGCUAAAAAUUAAGUUAAUUACAAUAAGAUGUGGUCUUGGAUCUAUGUAAGAAAUUAUUUUGGCAACAAUAAAAGACCUAUUUUAUACAUACAAAUAAGUCUAUAAUCAACCAAAUUAAUUAUUCUAACAAAUCAACAUGUUAAGGAGUAAAAUAAUUGCGCAAUAUUUAAAUGAUUGGUUAUUCCAAGAUUUGAUUGCUGUUUUGGUUAACAGCACAUAAGAUUUGAACUUAGCAUUGGAAACAGAAGAUUCUUUCAUCAAUAGUGCUUCUAUUUCUUACAAUAUCACACUGUAACCCCUGACAAUAUCCAUUUACAGCUAUUGAAGUUUGUUUCUAUCAAGAACAUAGCACAUUGCCAGUGCUGAGAAAUGAACUGUUGACCUCCCUAUCACCAGGCCAGAACCUUAAACACUUGGUCAGCUCCUUCAAUCAUAAAAUAACUAUAGGAAUACUAUUUUCUCCAAUUCAACACAAUUCUCCUUUGGAUAUCUCUGGAAGUUUCCUCCAGAUAUUCCUAGUAAACAGAUAUU